UCUGGCCCGCCUGGCAACGCGCUCCGGACAUGAGCAGCAGCAGCGUUGAAUCGCGGCCCAAGGAGCACGACAGAAAUGCCGACGACGCGGUCAGGCAGCCGAUUAACUCGUCUAGGCAUGAACCGCAGCAGCCGUGCGCCGAAAACCCCAAGGUAGCGGAGCCAGCGCACGCGUUAUGUGUGGACCGCUUUCGACGCCACUGCGUGCUCAUGAACAACGGUGUCUGGAUGCCCCUUGUCGGCAUCGGCAUCUGCAAGGGUGACUCUGCCAUGGUCGAGCGGGUGGUCGAAGCGGCGGUGGCUGCCGGCUACCGGUACAUCGACACGUCGCACGCUGCCCACAACGAGGCGGCCAUCGGCAACGCCCUGCGCCGGGUCAUCGCCGCCGGAAAAGUGAGACGUGAGGAGCUGUUCGUCGUCACCAAGCUUCCGUGCGAGGGCAACCGGCGCGACAAGGUUCGCAAGUACCUGCGCUCGUCCCUCAAGAAGCUGCAGAUGCCGUUCGUCGACCUGUACAUGGUCCACUUCCCGGUGUACGAGCGCGCAUUCAAGAAGAGUCACCGCCGCCACGGCGACGCACACCAGCAGAGCGAUCUGCCGGACGUUGACGCGUCACCCGACAGCCCCACGUCGGAGGAAGAGUCGGCGACGCCCGCCGCGGUAGACGAGACCGACAUCCUCGACACGUGGAGGGGCAUGGAAGACGCGGCCAACAUGGGAAUGACGCGGUCCAUCGGCCUGUGCAACUUCAACAAGGAGCAGGUGACCAGGAUUCUCGCAAUGGCCACGAUAAGGCCGGCUGCAUUACAGGUGGAGUGCCACGCGUACAUGAACCAGGACGACCUGCUGCAGUUCUGCAAGGAGCGCAGUAUUUGUCUCACUGCUUAUGCGCCACUGGGCAGCCCCGUCGGAGCAAUGCACGUGGCCGCCUGCAGCAAGGAGCAAAAGCCUCGCGAAGAGCAAAACCAUUCCGACCUCAUGCAACACGCAGUGCUUAGGAAAAUGGCGGAUACCUACAAGAAGACGCCGGCGCAGAUCCUAAUCCGGUGGCUGCUGCAGCGCGGAGUCGUGGCCUUGCCCAGGUCCACGUGUCCGGAUCACAUCCAAGAAAACAUCCAGGUGUUCGACUUCGAGCUGUCGGAGACUGACGUCAAAACACUCACAGGGCUAAACAGGAACAUGCGCUUGUUCGCCUACAACAUUUACGGAUUGCCAGACAGAGCAGAGUACCCUUUCAAGUGAGUCAACGCUCGAAGAGAGCUCGCAAGAAGUCAUCUGUACAUAGUUACGUUCGUUCCCCGACCACCUACUUCCCGAAAGUAUUAUAUUAAAUUUCGUCACACAUUACUGUAAUUAAGAGAAGCUCUUCUUGUGACUGAG